CUAUAUAAGUACGUUCCACAAAUGCUUAUCGACGUCCCCUUAGCUUGUCUUCGGAUAACUUAUUGGCCAACUUCAAUUCAUUCAGAAGAACUUCGAACAUGGAAAAUUAUAAGAACAGACUUCUCCUGCUUUUAUCGGUAAUUGCCUUGUCUAGUCCUGAAUCUACUCAACCCAGGAGCGUCUCGACUGACAGAGAAGGACUUGUGAAGACGAUUGAGAGUGGAGUACAUGGUGUGCUGAUCGACUGCAUAGACAUCCACAAACAACCCGCUCUCCGUCAUCCGCUUCUCAAGAAUCAUACUAUCCAGAUGGCACCGAAUUCAUUGUAUCCAGUGGGACAAGAGGAUGAGAAACCGAGGAGAGGGACCAACAUCUCCCAAAGCUGGUCGAAGAAUGGAGAAUGCCCACAUGGAACAAUCUCGGUCCUCAGAAUGACUGAACCAGCACAUCGUCAACCUCCUCCGAGAUUUCCUCAAAUAAUAAAGAACGAGAAUGCCUAUGGCAGUAAUGAAGUCAUCUUCGAAUCGCCAAAGGGACAUGAGUAUGCUCAAUUGGCUGCAAUUAACGGGAACUACCAGGGAGCUGCAGCGUAUGUUAACGUCUGGGAGCCUAUCGUCUUCUCCAAUGAAACGAGUACUGCUCAUAUUUGGCUAGCCAGCCCCGGGAACAGAAAUAAUGUUAUAAUGGCUGGUUGGAUGGUAAACCCUCAAUCCCAAUUUGGGAAGAAGCCGACUUUCUUCAUAUAUUGGACUGUCGACGGUAAUCAAAAAACAGGUUGCUACAACCUAGAUUGCCCAGGUUUCGUGAAACUCAACCCAGAUAUUCUUGGAUUUCCAGCGCCACAAAUUUCAACUUACAAUGGGCAGCAAUUUGACUUUAAUUUAAGAAUAGUGAAGGAUCCUUCGACAAACGAUUGGUGGGUAUUCCUCGACACGCAAGCCGUUGGAUACUGGCCAGGAUCGCUCGUCACCGGCCUGAAUAAGGGUGCUUUUAUCGCAACAUGGGGAGGUCAUGUGGACUUUAGUAGCUCACCGCCCGUAAGCCGUCACACGACUACCGAGAUGGGCAGUGGCCAUUUCCCAGGCGAAGGCUUCACGAAAGCAGCCUAUUUCCGGAACGUAGGGUAUGCUACCGGAGAUCAAAACAAUAAGGUUGGGCAGGUCGGGGAAUACUACAAACUCAUAACGAGACCGGAGUGCUACGAUGUGCAAGAGGGGUCGAACCCGGACUGGGGAACAUCUUUCUACUAUGGUGGUCCUGGAUAUUCAGCAAACUGUCAAUACAGUACUUGAAUCUUGAUGGCUUCAUUAUCCUUCUCCAUCGAUCGAAAAUAAACUUAUUAUUAAGACAUUUUAUGCAUAA